AUGGCGAACGUUACCCUACCUUCCGGCUCGCUGUCAUACCCUGAGCUUGUCCAUGUGGCCAAGCAGGAUCCGAGCCUCUCAUGGCCGGAACAGCUGUGGUGGGCGCAUUACACCUUCUGGAACAAUGAUGUUCUGGCAACUGGGGUGAUGACCUUCCUCGCCCACGAACUCAUCUAUUUCGGUCGUUGUCUUCCCUGGAUCGUUGCAGACGCCUGUCCGAGCGUGUUUCGUCGGUUCAAAAUUCAAGACCAAAAGAGCCCGUCGGUUAAUGACCAAUGGACAUGCGUCAAGUACAUCCUCGCCAUUCACUUCAUCGUCGAGUUACCGUUGAUCGUCCUCUUCCACCCGAUGAUGGAAGUCUGCCAUGUCCAAUACACCCUUCCCUUCCCGGAACUGUCCCUCUUCGCCACACAAAUCGCCAUCUUUUUCUUCGUCGAAGACACAUACCACUACUGGCUGCACCGAGCGAUGCAUUGGGGCCCGUUAUACCGUUCGGUUCACCGAAUCCACCAUCAAUACUCCGCGCCGUUCGGAUUGACUGCCGAGUACGCCAGUCCGGCGGAGACGUUCCUCCUAGGACUAGGCACGAUCUGUCCGCCGCUUGUUCUGGGGUAUUUCACUGGCAACGUGCAUCUGAUAACAGUGUUGGGUUGGAUGGCGUUGCGUCAGCUGCAGGCAAUCGACGCGCAUUCGGGAUACGACUUUCCAUGGAGCCUGCGACGGAUCAUACCAUUCUGGGGCGGUUCCAGCUGGCAUGAUGAUCAUCAUCGGUACUUCCGGGGCAACUAUUCCAGUUCAUUCACGCAUUGGGAUGUUUUGAUGGGAACCGUCGCUGGGCCUCGGGGGAAGGCCAUGGGACACAAGAAGCAACGUUGA